AUGAGCUUGACAGCUGUUAGCGACACCUCUGGGGUGAACCCCUUUGACGAACAGUCCCGUCGGCAGUGGAUAAAGGCGCAUCUCCUUCGACAAGGAAUGUAUCACGAAGACUCUCUCGACACAAGAUAUCGAUCGUCCGUGGAUGGCAUCGCCAAGAAGCUGCAUACUCUGGAGUUAGACCAAGUGGGCGAGGUCUACUUCGAAUUUUUAUGUGAUGAGGCCGUUUGGAUGAAGACCUAUCACCAUAGAAGCAAGUUCGGCUUAGCCCCCAAGUGGCCCUUCAAGGAGAAGCCUGGUCGCCACGACCUGAGUCUGGGCCCCUCCGUCCACUAUCGACAGUGGCGCCUUAACAAUGGGUUGCCUGUUCCCAGUGAGACGGUCGCUGAGGCUGAGGCUCGGGGAAGGAGGACCGGGGUUGCCCACGAGAAGUAUGAGGCACAGAUGCGCAGGAUUGAGACUGCGGCCUUGAGUGCGACAGACGAGGCGCAGGAACUGAGUCCUGUCAUCCUCUUGGACGAGCCGCUGGUCCUCGUACCCAGCUUCAGAGCCACCACAGUGAUGCCAUGGAUGAAGCCUUUCCCUUCCAUGGAUGCCCGGAAAGCAAUUUGGGAGGAUGUCGGCGAUGGAAGGCUCACUGGAGCUGUGCCCGGUCCUGUCGAGGUCGCACUUCCACCAUGGCUUGACUUCAAUCGUCUUGUCUUGGGUAAGGACCGGGCCAUCCACAAUAAGAUCGAGCGACUCGUCAGCCCCAUACUUACCGUCACAUGGCGAAUUGUGUUUGGUAAGCCGGUUUCCUUAAUCGUCGGCGUUGACCCAAAGUUCGACAACUUCAGCGCGUCACCCUCCGUGCGGCUAGAGGUGCGAAGACUCUGGCAAUAUGUCUGUCACUGGGUACUGUUUGCCACCAAGGGUCACAGCACGACACUGUCCGACCAUAUCGCGCUUCUGCUUGCAAAGGAAAAGCUUGGACUUCCGAUGGGAAUGGAGGACUUGGAAGGGCUGGCAACCGCUCAUUUUGAGGCCGUCAACAACCUCGCAGAUAGCGAGCGUAAUGCCCGGGUCCAGCACGAGGCUGAGGAGCAGCUGAUUCCCGAGCUUCAUGCAAUUUUGCAGCAACCACCGCCGGUUGCUCGAGAGUACUUGGGGAUAUGGAUUCGACAAGACAUGCUCCGCGCGGACAUGCGACUCAAUCUUGCAUUCAAGUACUGGGUUCGGGCCGCUAUUCGGAGCGGUAAGGGGGUGGAAGAUGUGUUUGCUUGGCAUGGCGCUUUCUCAAGGGAUCUGGAGGGAGAGAAGACACAACAAGGUUCAGACUAG